AUGGAUAGUAGUGCGAAUGGUGCAAAGGCCGACACAUUAUCCGCGACGCAUAAUAAUACCGCUGCCACUACAGUUGUAUGCCAAAAGGAUGAUGAACUCUUCAAAAAGCCCACAAAGCUUGCGCCACGUGUUUCACGUAAACGAAGGCUACAAGAUUCAAAAACUUACAACUCCAGCAAUGUGAAUCAAACUGAGCGCACAGAUGACACCGAAGGCUUACGUCGAUCGAAACGCGUGCCGAGUACUUCCGAUUGGCAGUACCACUCACUUUUGAAAUCAUUGUUUUAUCCAACGUCAUUAAAGCCAACAAACCGAACAAGCUCCAGCAGCAAUAACGAGAGUAGAGGUGGUGAUCUGAGCACGCCAGUCGCCUCUAGCACAGUAAAUGAUGCCAAUGUGAGGAAGCGGACUCGUAAACCUAAAAAAACAGUGACAUUUAGUUACCUUGGCGAUACGAAUAUAACAUCGAGCACCGUGCACUCACAACGAAAUACCGAGAGUGAGGCGUUGAGUGCACAGCUGGAAGCAAUUCCUGAAACACCCGUAGAAACUGAUGACCAUGAAGCAGUGGUGUCAAGUUCAAUGGCAGUCGCACCAGCGCCAAAUGACAUUAAUUUACCAUGCACUUCCUCCUCCAUCACCAACCAAAACAUGAAAACCACAACUAAAGCCAGCGAAACCACAACAAAUAGGAACAAAAAGACUGGAGCAACAGGAAAGCAAACUGCGAUAUUGAAAAAAAGAGGCAGACCCAGGAAAGCAGUUACAGGUGCUAAAAAAAAUCAGCAGCAGCAGCAGCAACAACAGCAGCGAGAAGAAGCUGACGCAGUGGAAUCAGCAGAGCAAAUCCCGGACGAUGACACCGCCAAUCGCACAGGACUAUUAGAGUGUAGUCGCGUUUAUUUGCCACCACCGCCAUCGUUGGAGAAGCUCAACGAAAUGUUUGAUGAAUUGAAAAAUGCCGCCAACAAUUUGAGCGACGGGGAGACUAUGCCGAAUGGUGCAGAAUCGAGCACUUCGACUCCGACGACGGAUAGUAACGUUUGCUUACGACCUGUGCGUGUACGUUUGCGUCGUUUAAGAACACGUGACGCGACGGAAGAAUUUGUUUUGCCGCCAAAAGCAUUUUCCGACAAACCAAUGGAUAGUAGUGCGAAUGGUGCAAAGGCCGACACAUUAUCCGCGACGCAUAAUAAUACCGCUGCCAACACACUUGUAUGCCAAAAGGAUGAUGAACUCUUCAAAAAGCCCACAAAGCUUGCGCCACGUGUUUCACGUAAACGAAGGCUACAAGAUUCAAAAACUUACAUCUCCAGCAAUGUGAAUCAAACUGAGCGCACAGAUGACACCGAAGGCUUACGUCGAUCGAAACGCGUGCCGAGUACUUCCAAUUGGAAUGGACACUCACUUUUGAAAUCAUUGUUUAAUUCAACGUCAUUAAAGCCAACAAACCGAACAAGCUACAUCUCCAGCAAUGUGAAUCAAACUGAGCGCACAGAUGAUACCGAAGUUAUUUCACCGGUAUGCAAUAUACAAAUACCAUCACCGCCGCCGCCACUGGGCUAUUCGACCGUUUCCACAUUUGUACUGCCGAGUUUGCCAAUGGAAGAAUUUGUUUUGCCGCCAACGGCAUUUUCCGACAAACCAAUGGAUAGUAGUGCGAAUGGUGCAAAGGCCGACACAUUAUCCGCGAUGCAUAAUAAUACCGCUGCCACUACAGUUGUAUGCCAAAAGGAUGAUGAACUCUUCAAAAAGCCCACAAAGCUUGCGCCACGUGUUUCACGUAAACGAAGGCUACAAGAUUCAAAAACUUACAACUCCAGCAAUGUGAAUCAAACUGAGCGCACAGAUGACACCGAAGGCUUACGUCGAUCGAAACGCGUGCCGAGUACUUCCGAUUGGCAGUACCACUCACUUUUGAAAUCAUUGUUUUAUUCAACGUCAUUAAAGCCAACAAACCGAACAAGCUCCAGCAGCAGUAACGAGAGUAGAGGUGGUGAUCUGAGCACGCCAGUCGCCUCUAGCACAGUAAAUGAUGCCAAUGUGAGGAAGCGGACUCGUAAACCUAAAAAAACAGUGACAUUUAGUUACCUUGGCGAUACGAAUAUAACAUCGAGCACCGUGCACUCACAACGAAAUACCGAGAGUGAGGCGUUGAGUGCACAGCUGGAAGCAAUUCCUGAAACACCCAUAGAAACUGAUAACCAUGAAGCAGUGGUGUCAAGUUCAAUGGCAGUCGCACCAGCGCCAAAUGACAUUAAUUUACCAUGCACUUCCUCUUCCAUCACCAACCGAAACAUGAAAACCACAACUAAAGCCAGCGAAACCACAACAAAUAGGAACAAAAAGACUGGAGCAACAGGAAAGCAAACUGCGAUAUUGAAAAAAAGAGGCAGACCCAGGAAAGCAGUUACAGGUGCUAAAAAAAAUCAGCAGCAGCAGCAGCAACAACAGCAGCGAGAAGAAGCUGACGCAGUGGAAGCAGCAGAGCAAAUCCCGGACGAUGACACCGCCAAUCGCACAGGACUAUUAGAGUGUAGUCGCGUUUAUUUGCCACCACCGCCAUCGUUGGAGAAGCUCAACGAAAUGUUUGAUGAAUUGAAAAAUGCCGCCAACAAUUUGAGCGACGGGGAGACUAUGCCGAAUGGUGCAGAAUCGAGCACUUCGACUCCGACGACGGAUAGUAACGUUUGCUUACGACCUGUGCGUGUACGUUUGCGUCGUUUAAGAACACGUGACGCGACGGAAGAAUUUGUUUUGCCGCCAAAAGCAUUUUCCGACAAACCAAUGGAUAGUAGUGCGAAUGGUGCAAAGGCCGACACAUUAUCCGCGACGCAUAAUAAUACCGCUGCCAACACACUUGUAUGCCAAAAGGAUGAUGAACUCUUCAAAAAGCCCACAAAGCUUGCGCCACGUGUUUCACGUAAACGAAGGCUACAAGAUUCAAAAACUUACAUCUCCAGCAAUGUGAAUCAAACUGAGCGCACAGAUGACACCGAAGGCUUACGUCGAUCGAAACGCGUGCCGAGUACUUCCAAUUGGAAUGGACACUCACUUUUGAAAUCAUUGUUUAAUUCAACGUCAUUAAAGCCAACAAACCGAACAAGCUACAUCUCCAGCAAUGUGAAUCAAACUGAGCGCACAGAUGAUACCGAAGUUAUUUCACCGGUAUGCAAUAUACAAAUACCAUCACCGCCGCCGCCACUGGGCUAUUCGACCGUUUCCACAUUUGUACUGCCGAGUUUGCCAAUGGAAGAAUUUGUUUUGCCGCCAACGGCAUUUUCCGACAAACCAAUGGAUAGUAGUGCGAAUGGUGCAAAGGCCGACACAUUAUCCGCGAUGCAUAAUAAUACCGCUGCCACUACAGUUGUAUGCCAAAAGGAUGAUGAACUCUUCAAAAAGCCCACAAAGCUUGCGCCACGUGUUUCACGUAAACGAAGGCUACAAGAUUCAAAAACUUACAACUCCAGCAAUGUGAAUCAAACUGAGCGCACAGAUGACACCGAAGGCUUACGUCGAUCGAAACGCGUGCCGAGUACUUCCGAUUGGCAGUACCACUCACUUUUGAAAUCAUUGUUUUAUUCAACGUCAUUAAAGCCAACAAACCGAACAAGCUCCAGCAGCAGUAACGAGAGUAGAGGUGGUGAUCUAAGCACGCCAGUCGCCUCUAGCAGAGUAAAUGAUGCCAAUGUGAAGAAGCGGACCCGUAAACCUAAAAAAACAGUGACAUUUAGUUACCUUGGCGAUACGAAUAUAACAUCGAGCACCGUGCACUCACAACGAAAUACCGAAAGUGAGGCGUUGAGUGCACAGCUGGAAGCAAUUCCUGUAACACCCAUAGAAACUGAUGACCAUGAAGCAGUGGUGUCAAGUUCAAUGGCAGUCGCACCAGCGCCAAAUGACAUUAAUUUACCAUGCACUUCCUCCUCCAUCACCAACCAAAACAUGAAAACCACAACUAAAGCCAGCGAAACCACAACAAAUAGGAACAAAAAGACUGGAGCAACGGGAAAGCAAACUGCGAUAUCGAAAAAAAGAGGCAGACCCAGGAAAGCAGUUACAGGUGCUAAAAAAAAUCAGCAGCAGCAGCAGCAACAACAGCAGCGAGAAGAAGCUGACGCAGUGGAAGCAGCAGAGCAAAUCCCGGACGAUGACACCGCCAAUCGCACAGGACUAUUAGAGUGUAGUCGCGUUUAUUUGCCACCACCGCCAUCGUUGGAGAAGCUCAACGAAAUGUUUGAUGAAUUGAAAAAUGCCGCCAACAAUUUGAGCGACGGGGAGACUAUGCCGAAUGGUGCAGAAUCGAGCACUUCGACUCCGACGACGGAUAGUAACGUUUGCUUACGACCUGUCCGUGUACGUUUGCGUCAUUUAAGAACACGUGACGCGAAUAGUGCAGAAUCGAGCACUUCGACUCCGACGACAGAUAGUAACGUUUGCUUACGACCUGUGCGUGUACGUUUGCGUCGUUUAAGAACUCGUGACGCGAAUGGUGCAGAAUCGAGCACUUCGACUCCGACGACAGAUAGUAACGUUUGAAAUCAGCACGGAACGCGAAAGCGCCAAUUUCGGUAUUGGUGAUAUGGUAUCCAUUAAUAUAGGCUGUCGCUAUAAAAUCACAAAUUUGGAAAAUGAUGUCGGCGUACUUAUGGUGAUAAAGAAGUAACAGCGAUGCGCAUGCGCAUUCCAGUUAUGUUAACCCUUAAAUGCAUGAUGAUGUAUAUAUACAUCAGUGUUUUCUUCCUUACAUAAUUUCUAAACGGUAACUCAAACACAGUAUUUUUUACUUUUAUUAGGUGCUAAAAAUAUCUGUGUUGACUUUGGAAUGCAAACUUUCAUGAUAUGACAUUUCACUUUUUAAUUUUAAUAAUUUGACAGCUUGGCGCGCCACUUAAAAAAUACACACUUGGUAUUUAAAAAGGAAAAACCAUGCAUUUAAGGCUUAAUACUUCUGAAUAAGUAAAUAUUCACAUACGUCUCCAUAUAUAUUUAAGUAUUUUCAUACUCAUAAUACAUAUUUCCAUAUUGAGUAUUAAUUUUAGUUUUAUAAAAUCGAAAAUAAAUUCUUUGUUGAACGUUUUCUUGCGCAAGGAUUGCGUUAAUUCUAAACAAUAUUGAAAUACUAAAAAAAUUUGUUAUCAUAUACAUAUGUACGUUUUGAAAUAAUAUGUAAUUGAAUUCAAUAAAUAAAAAACAAUUAAGGAAGGGCUAAUUUCGGGUGUCACCGAACAUUUUAUACUCUCGCAUGAGAAAGUGAUAACCGAGAUUCUGAGAGAUUUACCGAUAUUUUCGGUGAAAAAUUAGGUUAAGUUAGGCACUGAGUUCUUCGUGUUCGAUAUCAGGGACCUUGAAAAGUUAUAGUCCGAUCAAUUUUUCCACAAGGGAUACCUCAGCUCAAAUACCGUAUUUGUGUAAAGUUUUAUUCCGUUAUCAUCAUUGGUUCCUAAUGUAUAUAUUAUACAGAGAAGGCAUCAGAUGUAAUUCAAAAUAGCGUUAUAUUGGAAGAAGGCGUGGUUGUGAACCGAUUUCGCCCAUAUUCAGUAUAUGUCAUCAGGAUGUUAAAAAAAUAUUAUAUACCGAAUUUCUUUGAAAUCGGUGGAGUAGCUCCUGAGAUAUGGUUUUUGGUCCAUAAGUGGGCGACACCACACCUAUUUUCAAUUUUUAAAAAAAGCCUGAGUGCAGCUUCCUUUUGCCAUUUCUUCCGUAAAAUUUAGUGUUUCUGACGUUUUUUGUUAGUCGGUUAACGCACUUUUAGUGAUUUUCAACAUAACCUUUGUAUGGGAGGUGGGCGUGGUUAUUAUCCGAUUUCUUAAAUUUUUGAACUGUAUAUGGAAAUGUCUGAAGGAAACGACUCUAUAGAGUUUGGUUGACAUAGCUAUAGUAGUUUCCGAGAUAUGUACAAAAAACUUAGUAGGGGGCGGGGCCACGCCCACUUUUCCAAAAAAUUACGUCCAAAUAUGCCCCUCCCUAAUGCGAUCCUUUGUGCCAAAUUUCACUUUAAUAUCUUUAUUUAUGGCUUAGUUAUGACACUUUAUAGGAUUUCGGUUUCCGCCAUUUUGUGGGCGUGGCAGUGGGCCGAUUUUGCCCAUCUUUGAACCUAACCUUCUUAUGGAGCCAAGGAAUACGUGUACCAAGUUUCAUCAUAAUAUCUCAAUUUUUACUCAAGUUACAGCUUGCAUGGACGGACGGACAGACAGACAUCCGGAUUUCAACUCUACUCAUCACCCUGAUCACUUUGGUAUAUAUAACUCUAUAUCUGACUCUUUUAGUUUUAGGACUUACAAACAACCGUUAUGUGAACAAAACUAUAAUACUCUCCUUAGCAACUUUGUUGCGAGAGUAUAAAAAUGAAACCGUAUUC